AUGUCUCUACCUCAAACAGCGAUUGCUAUGGCCAAAGUUGAAAAGUGGGCUUUACAACUGAAGAAUAAUCGAAAGCUUAGCCCAAAUCACAAGAAGAGACUGUUGGCUGAUAUAGAGCUCUUGAAAGGGACGAGAUCUGGGGCAUCCAAGUCAAUGAGAGAGAAACUGAAGAUAUACAAGGACUUCUUGAUCAAAUGCGUCAAGGAACCUGGCCGUGAAAUUAUGGUGCUUUGUUCGCUGGCACUCGGCGUCAGCGGCAUAUGCAAUCUAAGCCAAACGUACCACCAGCCAGAUCUAUUGGAAUACUUGAUCAAGAUGGACUUGAAGAACGAUAAUCUCUCUGCCAUGGUUCAAGAGUACGAUGUUCCGACCAAAGACUUCUUUGAAGACCGCCCUCAGGACGCUGAAUACCGGCGUCAAUGUGGUCCGAGCUCCCAUAUGACGAAAUACCUGCAACAGCUAUUAGAACAAGUGAACAUAAAUGUCGAAUUGGUCUUCCCUUUCGAUCCGGAAUGCGACGCCCAUAUGACCUUGAAAUUGGAUAUAAGUCAAAAUGCAGCUUGGGGGACCUUACCUUACUUCUUUCAAUCCGACUCUGAGCCCUCGAUCGUCAACUGUACUUCCCCCGAGAAUACCCCCACUUGGUCUCCUGCUGAUACAUCGAUACCGAUAGUAGGACCAUAG